UGAUCCAUUUCAUUUCCGCCCGGCAUUGACGAGAGACGCAUCCGGCAUCGUCAUUGUGGUAACUUAACGAUAAUUAAGUUUUUGGACAAAAACCAAGUAAAAUGUCUUUACCACGCGUUUACUUCGAUGUGGUUGCUGAUGGUUUAGCCUUGGGAAGAAUUGUGGUCGAGUUAAGAACAGAUGUUACUCCGAAGACAUGUGAAAAUUUCAGGGCCCUCUGUACUGGUGAAAAAGGUUUUGGUUACAAGGGCUCCACCUUCCACCGUGUUAUCCCCAACUUUAUGUUGCAAGGAGGUGACUUUACAAACCACAAUGGCACUGGUGGCAAGUCCAUCUACGGUGAGAAGUUCGCCGAUGAAAACUUCGUCCUGAAGCACACUGGACCUGGAGUCCUGUCUAUGGCGAAUGCAGGCCCCAACACGAAUGGCUCCCAGUUUUUCAUCACCACUGUCAAGACCUCAUGGUUGGAUGGCCGACAUGUCGUCUUUGGAAAUGUUGUGGAAGGAAUGGAAGUGGUGAAACAAGUGGAAGCUUUGGGCUCCCAGUCUGGCAAGCCAUCAAAGAAAAUUGUCAUCGCUGAUUGUGGACAAGUUUCUUAAUUUAAUUCUUUAAUAUUAAUGUAUAAUGCAAUAUUUUAAGUUUUAACACUGUCCUCCUAUGUAAUACCUUCCCAGUCAUCAUAAAACAUUAAAGUUAACUAUGGAUCAUUCCAAAUAAUUAUGCUGUUAAAUUUUAUGCUCUUUUAGGUCGCAAAUUAGGUAUUGCAUUUAUUUCUGCGCAUUGGUUAUAAUUCAUAAUAAAUAAAUUAACAUAAUGAAAUUAAUACAGUAUGUAUAUUCAUUAGCCUUCAGAUAUAUAUAAGAGUGGGUACAGUGGCUAUAAAAGUAAUUCUAUCUGCCAUUCAAUAUAUUUUUUUUUAAGUUUUGUAAUGAAUUGAAACUUGGUGGUUUCUUUUUGCUUGUGAUUAAUAUAUUUUUGAAAUUUA